UCUGCUAUCGGUUUCUGUGGCAACUCGGCGCCAUCCGAGUUACAACUUUUCAAGCUCAUAACUUGCUCGACGUUUCGGGCAUUUUUGAAAAGGAAAAUGGAGAGUAAAAAUCGAAAUAACGCUUCUACGGGAAAGAACAAUGAAAACAAGAUACCCUUAACACUUGAUCAAAUCAAUUCUGAUCGUGUUACACAGGUUGCUUCAAAAUACUGGGCGCCACAAACUAUUGGAAACCACAUGGAGUUUGAUGGCGAUAUUGUUGACCAAAUUUAUCAAGAAGAAAUUCAAGGUGCAAGAUUCAUGAUUCGAAGAAUCAUGAUGCUUGAAUUUAGCCAAUACCUUGAAAAUUACUUAUGGCCAAAUUACAGACCCGGGAGUUCCUCAGCAUAUCAUGUAUUAUCAAUAGUUAUCAUGGUUAAUGAAAAAUUCAGAGAGCGAGUAUCAGCGUGGCAGAUCUUUCAAAAACUGCCAGACAAUUUUCCAAGUUUUUUUAAACAGUUGAUGGAAAUGUCACUUGAUGAAAAGUGGGGGCUUACUUUUAAGGAGCGAACCAUAAUUCUCAUCUUUUUCAACCACUGUUUCAAUAGCCUUGAAAUUGAUCUAAUUCGUGAUCAAGUUCAGAAAUUGGUUUCACUAUCAAUCUGGACUUGCCUACCAGAGGGAAGGCGAGAGCAAGAACUGAAUAGUUUUCCUAAACUAAAAAAGUUUUGGAAAGUUAUACAGAAAAAAGAUGCUAAGGAGAAUGAGGAAUCAAGAACUAAAAUUGAAUUUGAACGUAGAUUUCUUCAGCGUCUGAUGCAAAAAUUCCUUUCUCUUUUAGCCACCAUUCCGUUAGAAGGAGACAUUGACAUCGAGGCAGUCCAUUACUGUGAGCGCUUCUUAGAACUACUAAUCGAUUUAGAAGCUUUACUACCCACUCGCCGCUUUUUCAAUGUCGUAAUGGACGAUUGCCAUCUGGUCACGCGUUGCCAUCUGUCUUCAUUAAAUCACCGCAGUGAAGGAAAACUUUUUGCACAGCUGUUGGAUAUGCUCAAAUUCUACGCUCAUUUUGAAAUCAAUGAUCAAACCGGCGAUCCGCUGACGGACCGCGAUAUGAUGCAACUCCAUUAUGAUCGCAUCACGGCGCUCCAGAAGGCCGCGUUCGUUAAAUACUCGGAAUUGAGGCGGUUCGCGUUGACCAAUGUGGCUAGCAUCAAUACCCGUGAAGCCCUCACAAAACACUUCGACGGUCUCAGCACGACGGUGCUGCAAGAUGUGGCGGCUUACCUCAAGCUGUUGCCACCCCCAGACAAUUCGGAUAAAGACGAAAAGGAUAAACAAUUUCUCAUGGAACUCUUGAUAUCCCGUCACGAAAGACGUGCUUCUCAACUGGAGGCACUGAAUGAAAUGCCAUUGUAUCCCACCGAGGAUAUCAUCUGGAACGAGAACAUUGUUCCGACUGAAUAUUUUUCGGGUGAAGGCUGUCUGGCCCUGCCUAAACUGAACUUGCAAUUCCUAACGUUACACGAUUACUUGUUACGUAACUUCAACCUGUUUCGAUUGGAGUCGACCUAUGAAAUUCGUCAAGACAUUGAGGAUUCCGUCUUUCGCAUGAAACCCUGGAAGGGCGAAGAUGGCAACGUCGUGUUUGGCGGAUGGGCCAGAAUGGCUCAGCCCAUAACAGCCUUCUCCGUUGUCGAGGUGGGAAAACCAAACAUUGGUGAGAAACAGCCUUCGCGUGUGCGAGCCGAUGUAUCGGUCAUCCUCGACGUCCGCAACGAUGUCAAGCAUGAGUGGGAAAACUUGCGCAAACAUGACGCAUGCUUUCUUCUCACGGUUCGCCCACCUGGCCCACCCGGAACUCACUUCAAUUUCAGAGAGCCAUUUGUACCGCAAGUUGGCUUGGUCUACGUCAGAGGUUGCGAGGUCGAAGGAAUGCUAGAUCACCUAGGUAGAAUUAUCGAAGAAGGACCAGAUCCUAGGCCUAAAAUACCAGGUGGAAACAGAACGUUCCGCGUUUGGCUGGACUGCAAUCAAUACAAAUUAGAUAUGGAUCGCGUCUCGCAGAAUGGAGAAGACGUUUACGACACUUUCAAUAUCUUGAUGCGACGCAAACCAAAAGAGAACAAUUUCAAAGCGGUGCUGGAAACAAUCCGAGAUUUAAUGAACACGGAUUGCGUUGUCCCCGAAUGGCUGCAUGACAUUAUUCUCGGCUACGGUGAUCCAGGAGCUGCCCACUAUUCGAAAAUGCCUAAUCAGAUUCCAGCAUUGGAUUUCAACGAUACGUUCUUAAGUUAUGCUCACCUUAAGGAAAGCUUCCCCGACCACGAAAUCCGCUCUAAUGAAGAAGACGGAAAAGCUGAAGAAAAAGAAGGAGGGCAAGACGGUCCGACGAAAUUGGUCCCACCGUUCCGGUUAACUUUCAAUCUACAAGGAAAAGAUAUUUUAGUUGAACCCCAUGUCAUACCCAGUCGUGGCCCUUACCCGUUUAAUGAGCCCAAAAAGAAUGCCGUGCGUUUCACGCCGACCCAAAUCGAAGCCAUCCGUUCUGGUAUGCAACCUGGUUUGACAAUGGUGGUUGGACCUCCUGGUACCGGUAAAACGGACGUUGCCGUCCAGAUUAUCUCCAACAUUUAUCACAAUUUCCCCGAGCAGCGGACCCUUAUCGUCACUCAUUCCAAUAUGGCGCUCAAUCAGUUAUUUGAGAAGAUCAUGGCGCUAGACAUCGACGAGCGUCAUUUGCUCCGUAUGGGUCACGGCGAAGAAGAGCUGGAAACUGAAAAAGACUUUAGCCGUUACGGUAGAGUGAAUUACGUGCUGGCCAAGCGCUUGGAAUUGCUGGAUCAGGUUCAGCGAUUGCAGCAGUCCCUCGGAGUGACCGGAGAUGUGGCCUACACGUGCGAAACAGCUGGCCAUUUUUUCCGCCUUCACAUUUUAGCUCGCUGGGAAGAAUACCUUGCCCGCGUCAGAAGCGACAAGAGCAGCGGAGUCACCGUCGAGGAUGUCGGCCGCUUUUUCCCGUUUGCCAAGUUCUUUGACGAUGCGCCACAGCCAAUAUUCAAGGGUUGCAGUUACGUUGAGGAUAUGGAAAUCGCUGAUGGCUGCUGGCGCUUCAUUCGCAAGAUUUUCAGUCAAUUGGAAGAGUUCCGGGCUUUCGAGCUAUUGCGAAGCGGACUUGAUCGAUCGCGAUACCUGCUGGUCCGCGAGGCCAAAAUUAUAGCCAUGACCUGUACGCAUGCGGCCCUCAAGCGCAGAGAGUUAGUAGAAUUGGGUUUCAAGUACGAUAACAUCUUGAUGGAAGAAGCAGCCCAGAUCCUGGAGAUUGAGACCUUCAUUCCGCUGUUACUGCAAACACCACAGGAUGGUUUCAACCGACUCAAACGUUGGAUCAUGAUCGGUGAUCACCACCAACUGCCUCCCGUCAUUAAAAAUAUGGCGUUCCAAAAGUAUUCCAAUAUGGAACAGUCGCUGUUUACUCGCGUCGUGCGCCUGGGAGUGCCCACUGUCGAUCUAGAUGCACAGGGACGUGCCAGACCGAGCCUCUGCUCUUUGUAUCAAUGGCGUUACAAGAAGCUGGGCAACCUGGAACACGUCACGAGUGGACCCGAAUACCGCGUGGCUAACACUGGAUUCGUCUACGAUUUCCAGUUGAUCAACGUUGACGAUUUCCAGGGUGUUGGAGAAUCCGAACCCAAUCCGUAUUUUUUCCAAAACUUGGCCGAGGCUGAAUAUGUCGUGGCCGUGUUCAUGUACAUGCGGCUCUUGGGUUAUCCGGCCGAAAAGAUCUCUAUCCUGACAACUUACAACGGACAGAAACAUCUGAUCCGCGACGUCGUCAACACUCGCUGCGCCAGCAACCCGCUCAUAGGCAGGCCGAGCAAGAUCGACACGGUCGACAAAUAUCAGGGUCAACAAAACGAUUACAUUCUCCUGUCGCUGGUGAAAACCCGAGCAGUCGGUCAUUUACGUGACGUCCGUCGUCUGGUGGUGGCCACCUCGCGUGCCCGUCUUGGCCUCUACGUCUUCGCCAGAGCUUCAUUGUUCGCCAACUGCUUCGAGCUGACGCCAACCUUCCGGUCGCUUUUGCAGCGACCUACUGACCUGCGAUUGUUACCCGAAGAGACCUACCGGACAGAGAGACUCUCCACUAAAGAGCCGGAUGAGGAUGCAGCUAUGGUGAUCAACGAUAUGCCACAGAUGGCCACUUUUGUCUACGACUUGUACCGCAAAAAAGUCGAGGCCAUCGCCAAGGACCCCAAUGCGGAGAAGCCCUGGGCGAAGCCGAUCGAGCCCAUGCAGGAGGAUGUGAAGCAGCCGGUAGCGGAGGAAUCGGAUUCCGAGUCGUCGGAAGCGGAAGUGGAAGAGGUCAGGAUCAUCAAUGAAAUUGAAGAAGAAGAAGAAGCCUCUGGGCGAGAAACGAGACAGGAACCUGUCAAAAAGCAAAAGAAGAACGAAGAAGAAAAAGAAGAAGAAGAUGAAAAAGAAGAAGAGACGGCAACGGUGGCCUCCACUCAAGAGGAUCAAGACUCUUUAAGGAAAUGACUUUAAGAGAAGAAAGGAGGGGAGUGAAAUGAAAAGAAACGGAUGAGCGAUCAAUACAUUCAUUUUCCAACUAA